AAUCAUUAACCUAAGGUAAUACAUGUACAGUAAGUUAUAGAUUAUUGCGGUAGCAAACAAUUGCUUCUAAGAAACCUCCCGUUGAAGUGCCGGGUAGGUCAUCUGAAUAACACGGGGACUCCGACUGAACGGCUGCCGCGCGGAGCGCCAAGCGAUGCAGCGCAAGCAGCUGAAGCUGGAUAGUCAUCCAGAUGCCUGUGAGAUUUCCAGUGGACCCUCAGCAAUGGGAGAAGAAGCAAGGAAUGAGUAGCACAUACAGUAAUCUGUCCUUUCACUGAAGGAACACCACAUGUCAGUGAUUGCGACUUCUUUCAAGCCUUGGGAGCCCGGUAGCAUUUCUGCCAGUUCCUAAACAGGUCUGAAAGUCUCAGCCCAGGUCUGCCAGGAUGCAUGAGGGAGGCAUUCAUCUAGUACUCAGUACUCUGGCUGCCAAUCGAACAGGAAGGAGGCAAAGGCUGUGAUCUCUUGGAAGCAGUGUGGCCUUCGAUGAGUGUGGGCUGGCUGGAAAGAUUCUCUCGCCUUUCAUCAUUGCCCCGUCAGGCAGAAGAUAAUAUUUGCCUCAGACUGUAUUUUUUGGUUUGAUGAAAGAAGUCAGCUUUGCUGGUCAGCAACCCCAGGAUGUGACGCAGCAUGCCUCGGAGUUAUGUCCGAAGCCUUUGCCACCUCCCUUGCUUGCCCCCAACUCUGGGCUUUGGGGCAACAACUUUGGAGCAUCACAGCAGCAGGAAACCAAGGAAAGGUGCAAGAAUCCAUUUGUUUUUUGGAUAGAUGGUGCACCUGAAGAAAGCAAUGUGGACGGGGCUCUGGACACUGCUGAGACUGUUCUGGUUUAUCGAGAGGCCUCUGGUGGUUCCUGGAGCGUGAGGAGCAGCACCUUGGAGGCCUCUGGGAGUCAUUGUGCCAGUUCAUCCAUGCUGCAAUUCUAUGGAGGUCAAAUGAAACUACAUCACAUAAAUGUUUGCUCCUUAAUGCCUCGAGUUUAAAAGCAGGGGGUCAAGUGAAGACGGCAAUAAAGAAAAGGCAGAACACAUAAAGGUUAAUUUGAACGAGUCCUCACGGAACAAGGCAACAUUAGAACAACCGCCUGCUCCUCCACUGAGAUGCAAGGACUCCUUCCCUGUGUCUCUACUGCAAUGAAGAGGAUGUGCCCAUCCGUGCCCUGCACUGAGCAGACCAGCAAAGAAGUUCCAUAGGAGGGCAAAAGCAAUAAACGUACUCAAGUGCCUGCAGGCAGGUGUGGAAGGCAAAUCUAUUCUCACUCCAAAUCAUUGAAAAAAAGACUUUUCAGAGCUGCAACAGGUUGCGAGUCUUGCCAUACCAACGCGGAGUGUUCUCCUAACCCUCUUAGGAAGGAUUUCCAGGGUUUGUGCUGACUCAGUUCUAUGAGUUGUUCAAAAUGAGAUGUUAAGUGACAGUGGACCUCCAGGCACUUCAAAUAGAUACACCAGAAAAUUUUUGCAGAGCAUGCAGCAGGUGAACAUGAUUUCAAGCAGCAGGCGUCAGACUCGGAGAAGCUACAAGCCGUUGCCGUGCUUCAUGUUAGCUGAGAUGGUGAUCAUGGCAGGGACCGUGAUGCUGGCUUAUUAUUUCGAAUACACGGACACCUUCGCGGUCAACGUGCAAGGCUUCUUCUGCUACGAGGGCGCGUACCGAAAGCCGUACCCGGGCCCCGAGGAGCGCAGCGCCGUGCCCCCGCUGCUGCUCUACUCGCUGACCGCCGGCGUGCCCGUCCUGGUGAUUAUCGUUGGAGAAACUGCAGUGUUUUGUCUACAGUUAGCUACAAAGGAUUUUGAAAACCAAGAAAAAACAAUAUUAACUGGAGACUGUUGUUAUAUAAAUCCACUGGUGCGCAGGACCAUCAGAUUUCUUGGAAUUUACGCAUUUGGACUGUUUGCUACGGACAUCUUUGUAAAUGCUGGACAAGUAGUAACAGGGAAUCUUGCACCACAUUUUCUUGCACUUUGUAAACCCAACUAUACAGCACUUGGAUGUAAACAGUAUACACAAUUCAUCAGUAGCGUACAUGCCUGUACUGGAAAUCCAGACCUUAUCAUGAAAGCCAGAAAGACAUUCCCAUCCAAAGAAGCAGCACUAAGCGUAUAUGCAGCUAUGUAUCUGGCUAUGUAUAUCACCAACACAGUAAAAGCCAGAGGAACAAGGCUUGCAAAACCUGUUCUGUGUUUGGGCUUAAUGUGCUUGGCUUUCCUUACUGGAAUCAACAGAGUAGCAGAGUAUCGAAAUCACUGGUCAGAUGUAAUAGCAGGAUUUGUAAUCGGAAUAUCUAUAGCAGUAUUUUUGGUUGUUUGUGUGGUAAAUAACUUCAGAGGACGUCAGCCAGAACAUGAACAUUCUCAUAUGGACAAUCUGGCCCAGAUGCCCAUGAUCAGCAUACCCCGAGUAGAAAGCCCCUUAGAAAAGUUCUUUGUCAGAUUAAGAGAAGUUGGUACUCCCAUGGCACUGGACGCUAUGCUGCUGCUUUUUAUUUGCUGCCUGAUGACCUCCCUUCCCUGCGUACUUAAGAAGCGAAGUAAAGGGAGUAGAGAGCUCUGUGAACUCCUGAGACCAGCGACAGGAAUACCAAAUGGUUGGAACUACGCAGUUCUUCCACAGUGUAGUCACAACACGAUGUGGACAGGCAGACUUUGUUCUACAUCCCUGCCUGGAUAUGAGGUUUAAACAUCACCCUCUAAAGCCCAAAAGAAACUGUGCGUUGUAUCAAGGCAAGGGUUGGACUUAAGGUCUAAAGACAGCAUUAUGCCACGCUUCAUCUCAGGUAGCGAGGUUCAAGUUCUACUUUUUCACCACUGAAGAGAGACACAAAUGCCACCCUCUUCAGCUGCCGUGAGAGCAGAAAUCAAAGAAGAGUGGCUUGGUCUCGACAAAAACACCUACCUAGCGUGCUCCUCAUUUACAAGGUGUAAAUUGUUACAAUUUAUCCUGCAAAUUAAAUAUGAUUCUGAAUCCAUUUUCUUACAUUGAUCUCACUGAGGCAGCUAGAGUGAUAAAUUAAAUCUCACAUCAGUGAUCCCCAGAGGACAGCACGGUGCUAAUCAGGCAUCGGCCCACGGCACCGGGCGGUGGGAGCCAGGCACUGCCAGGGCGGCGCGCUACCAGAUGUGAACAGUGCGACCUGUAGCCAAAGGGACUUGGCCCAACAGCCAAAUUACUUGGUAAGUGACACAGCAUUUUACACUAUCUCGCUAUGCCAAAUAGCAUGAAUUUCUAUCUGCUACAUGAAUUAAUCCUACAGCUUGGUGAUACUAACCCUUUUUAGCCUGGAGUUAAAACAUACGAUAUAUUCAGAACGUGAUAGAUUCAGCAUUUCAUCGCUUUACUACUUAGUUUCAAGGCUGAACACUAGAAUCCUUAAGUUAGCAUUUAAUGCUUAUCUGGUUCUGUCAGAGCACAUUAUACCAACCUUUUGUCAGAACUACUGUUAGCGCUAGUGGCAGUACCAAAACUGUUGAAACCUCCCAGCCCACAGAGGAUGCGCUAGCGUUGCUGUGUACGCCUUCAGAAUGGAGCACGGGAGCGAUGGAGCCACAAACUCCAACGUCUUCACAGCCAGAGCUCUGCAGGUAGGAAAGGUCUAGAUAAGCAGGAGGACACCAAAGUCCUCCCAAAUAUCUCUGUCAGAGCCUGCAUCCAAAAUCACAGGCUUCAAACCUUCCAUACCCUGAACAACUGCCUUCUUCGUAGAUUAAAUUUCGGAGUGAGAGACAAGGUUUUGGCUUUUUAGCAGCGCCACAAGCAGCCGUCUAAAAGCCCAGUGGUGGAAGCACAGCUCAAGAAAACUUCUUUUCCCAGCCAAUGAGCCUGACAUCUCGCAAGGUUUAAUUUGCGAUUCCAGCCUAUUUCAGCCGCGCUGACCUUGGGGAUGUUUUGUAUUCUCCUGCUGUAUAACCUCCUGUUUGUUAAAUCAUUUAAUGUUUGCUGUGACCAAUGCUAAAGAUCUCACAGCCUUUUAUCAGCUCUAAUGACAGUCUGAGAUUCCUUAUCUAUGGUGGAAAUGUACUUCAAAUGAGAUUAGAGUUCAUGCCACUCAUUGUCAGCAGAAUUUCUGGCUACUAGAUUGCACUGACAAGUUCAAUCUGACAUCUAUGAGAUCAUUAGAAGCUACAUGAGUUCUGCGUAGGAAUAGAAAUGUGCAAACACAGCCAAACUCAGCGUUUGACACCGAUUCCAAUAACGGUGCCUGUGUUAUGACCACCUUUUAUUCUGAAACCAGCCAGGUUAGAAAUGUCAGCAGAAUAUUUCGACACAUAAUAAAAAUUAAAACAUAGUAAAAAACUGAUUAAGAAAACAGUUAAAAGUUACUUGAAUGGGUAAAAAUAGCAGUACACCAUUCUCUGUGGCCAAACUGUCAUUAAUAGAAAAAGCCUUCAACUUCUAAUGAAGAAAAAGUCUUCCGGAUACAGCUGCUACUCAAUUAGAGAACACAGGAUUUUAUGAUCAGAUUAGACUAACAGACAUCUGUUUUACUGCUCUCGUGAGACUGCAAGGAGCAUCAGGCUCUCAGAAGCAGGAUUUUUUGAAAGGAGUAAGAAAUAGAGGAGUUGGAAAGAUAAAGCAAAGAUCUGGACACCUGGGUGAUCACACUGUGUAAAGGCUUUUGCCAAAACUGUAAACGCAGUUUUGGAAACAGUGAAGAAAGACCAGGUUGUGCAAACUCAUCUCAAAGUUUUAGUGGAAGCAAGUACAAACAUCUCAUGGAGUAAACCAUCGUCAAUAUCACAUCAACGUGGUAUGAUUAGUGCUAUUCUAAGGGGAAAAAUAUUCCUUUCUUUCCGUAACAGCUCAAGAAAAGAGAGGGCACGCACCUUGUCUGAGGCCUGCACCAGAUGACAGCAGAAACACACUCCAAAAAGACCACGUCCUGCCUGGCAGCGUUCCCUUCCCUACGCUGGGCAGCAAUAAGACUAGCUGCUAAACGAGCUGUACGGCAUCGCAAUUCGUCGCCGAAUCGCUCUGCGCAAAAGCAACUGCUUUUUGCCGGUUGCCAACAAACCAUACAAACUUGAAGUACUGAUUAAAAGGGACGCAACGUGGAGAAGUUGAUAUGACUACAAAUAACGUGCAAGUAACUUCCGCAAUGACUCCUUUCUGCCGGAAUAAAUUCUUAAGGCUCAUAGAAACGUAGAGUAUCUCAAGUUGGGAGGGACCCGUAAGGAUCAUUCUUAAUGUAUACUGUGCUUUUACACGCAAUGCAACUAACGGGUGCUGCCGGCACGCGGGGCACCCGUGGCGCGGGGUGCUGGGGUCACGGGCAGGCUACGGCAGGAGCCUGCAGCGGGUCUGCCAGUUCCCCCACACGGCAGCACGGGAAUACUGUGGCCAGCAGAGGACUAGGACCUGCCACUGCUACCCCAACCCCAGCCUAGGGGGCUUCUCCAACGUACCGCCCUCCGCGCAUUUUAUAACAGCUUCAAACUUUAUACGUAAACUAAAGGACAAAGGACAGGAGAAGCGGCAGAGGGAGGAGGGAAACAAAAAGAGACUAGAGAAAACACAACGGCAGUGAAAUGAGAGGACAAUAUAAGGCAUAAGUAAUCAGAAUUUUACUUCAGGAAAAAACAAAACCAGAGGUAUUUACUUACUGUCCCACUGCAGUACGCGGAGGCAAAUGGUUACAAAAUACACCAUAGCCAUCGUAGAUAUCAGACAGUGAUAAGAUAUUCUUAUUCAGCUCAGUGACAAGAAAUCAAAUAAAAAUAUGCAUUUCAAGUGCCAAAAACUAUCUAAACAGCUCAUCUUUACAUGGAAGCUAAUUAUGACAACCUUAAUAAAAAGUAUCUGAAAUGUCAAGGACUUUCUCCUUUGAUGUUCUAAAAAGUUAGAGUCAUUAUUAUUUAGUCAUUUUUAUAUACCAUUUAUCCUCUAUAACACUUUGUGUUAACACUGUGCUAAAAGGCUGUUAUUUAGGCUGGCGAGUUAAACAAUCAAAAACUGAAAAAAUGCCAAUGCCCAUCCCAGAAGUUGCUUUUAAUGGGCCUGCAGAGCCUCGCUGAUGGGUUUGGGGGUGCCUACCCCCAUGGGCUACCAGUUAUGGUCUGACUUCACCAGAAUGAAUACAGGUGUCGUACUGGAAGUAAAAAAUGUCCCUGGGCCCAACCAGUUAAGACAGAAACCUGAAAGAAUAGAAUCCAGAACUUUUAAUUUUAAAGAAGUCUAAUGAACAGCUUUGCUCAUUCUAAUCACCUCCUCUCCCUCUCCUACACCAAUGCAGCAGCAGCUACAAGAGCACUGCAGCAAGUCUUACUUUCUUUUAACUCCCGGUGUGGAAGUAAACAGAAAUGCUAAAAAUAAGCCGUGGUACAGUCUGUGUUGACAAAACACAGUGGUUGCCCACUAUUACCACUCCUUUGCUCCAGCCGCCUAUCUCGUGAAGUUUUGCAUCUUCCUCCUGAUUGCCUUCGCCUGGCACGCACAGCUACAAAGACCAAGCCUUUUCCGAUUAUGUGAGAGAAUUACAGACACACCAUCCAGUUACAAAGCGUGGCUUCGGAGCACGCGCUUUCUUCAGGGGAUCAUCUUUUGCAGUUAGAAUAAGGCCUGGAAGAUUUCAGCUUUCUGUACAUACUCACCAG